UUUAAUUCAAAGCUGAGGUUUUGACCUCGCUUUAAACGUUGUUGCGAGCACCUUGAAUUUGAACCGACGAGUGGGGGAGCGAAGUGUUUGCCAAGUGCUUUACAAUGCUUACAAUUCUCAGCGAGUACUCCGCCAGUACAACCACAGCAAAACACCCUUGCAAAGCUGCUACACAUCAACAAAGCUGCUGCACAGGGGGUGUCACGGAGGGUGAUAUGGGCACCAGGAACCAGACAGGGUUAAUGGAUGUUAUCAACAUGUAUGAAGUUGUGACAAGGCAGCGCCACCACCGGCAUGGCCGAGCAGGAUGCCUCUGCGCACAUGACUGUUCCAAUUCCGCUUUGAGGCUAAUUGUCGGAUUUUAACAAAACAGAUAGUUUAUACACGCGGCUUGAUUUGAUUGCAAAAGGCAAUGUCACGCAGCCAUAGCUUAAGGCGCCGGAAACGGCCAGAAGCGCGCUUCCCGCCGAACCAAAGCGAGGCUUGAACUCAUGCUAGCGUAGUGACUGCGCUCUUUGUUUGCAAUGCGCACAACAGUAUGCCGGAGGAGGGGGAUGCACCUUUUGCAAGCGGCGCUUAUAAUGUCGUCGUUGCUGGCAGCAUCUCUGCUGGCGCAGACGAUACAGACCAUAACAGCGGAGACGUCUGCCUGCAAUGCGUGGCAGCAACAGGAGCAGCUCUGGCUACUCGCAAACUGCAGCGUCAACCUGACGAUUGCGGUCGCGGUUGCGGCUUCCUCCAGUCGCGAUGUCUUCCAGUGGCUGCCAGCCAAGCUACGUCUUAUACAGUGGGAGCCACAAACUAAACCGCUUCUGAGUGACUUACUGCUGCGGACCACGUGCUCCGACCUUUGGGAGUUUGCAGCGCUCGAGUGCACCUUUCGGCCGUCGAGCUAUUGGCCACUGGCCGGCCUUGAGGUGCGGCCGGGCGCCGUGUUCCUCCCCCGCUUGGAAGGCCCCGUCUCCUCUGCGCGACGCAUAAGCAUUGUGUGCGAGCCGGCGGACUGGGCGAAGCUGCUGGAAGCUAAUGGCGGCAUCGCGCCCUGCGCGACAGCCGCGGUGGCCACGGGUCACGAGCUGCUCGCGAGCCUUGCCAGCCUGCAGCUCGUCGCGACGCGCGUUCUGGUCACCGUGGCAGCCAACAUCAGCCUGCCUACCAGCCCCUCACCGCAGCGCCUGGACCCGGCCCCAGAUGACCUGAGGCCGCUGGUGUCCAUCUACCGCAACACGACCAUUGUGGGCUUGUCACCUGCCUCCGCCGGCGGCCUGCUGGCAGCGGCUGCUGGCAACUCCAGUGAUGCAGUAGCAGGCGCGCAUGCCGCCAUUCCGGGCGCCAGCAGCAGUGGCACGGAGCUUAAUCUGGGAAAACGCCGGAAUGCGUUCGGAUUGGCCAACUGGACGGAGGCGGCCCUUGCUGCGGGCGCAGCAGGGUUUGGUACCGCCGGACUAGGCGGCACGGCUAGUAGUGCAGCCGCCGCCGCCGCCGCCGCAUGGCAGCAGCAGCAGAAGCAGCAACAGCCUGUGUUAGUGGUGUCGGAUUUGCACCUUGUCAACCUCCCCAGCGGCCCCCUCAGUUCCUGGCCGGCGGGGCUGGUAUUGACGCAGGCGCACUACGCUGGACUGGACCGCCGAGUGGGCGCGCGCAUCCAAAUGUACACGUUUCGGUGCACGCUGGUGCUGUCGGCGGCUGAGAUGCUCUAUCUUAGCGCAUGGUCGUCGCGGCUGAGUUCUAUUGUGGCAGCUGAGCGAUUGUCUGCAGCGUGGGUCACCCAAAUACACACGCCACCAGUGCUGGUGCCAGACAUAGAGGGCUACCCGAUGGUCAUGUUCGCGGAUUACACGGGCGCCAGCACCGCCUACAACUCGACCAUGACUGCCUUGCCUCUACUGACCACGGCCUCGGACGCUGAGUUUGGCCUGGGAUCGCCGGUGCUGGUGCCCAGCCCACCCGGGACCGGCACAGAGCUGCUGUCGCCCGCUGCAAUCACGUGGGCCCGGAACGCGUCACAGCUCCUGGUCGCAAUGCCACUACAGGAGUCUUCGCCCAGCAAUGGAUCUCGAGCUGUGUACCUGCUAUCUAACAUUACGCUGGAUGCGGCGAGCUGGCCACAGGUGGGCGCUGACAUCGGCGCCGGCUCGCAUGUAUCGCUCAUCGGACCCCUCACCAGUGGAGACACUGCUCUGGACGUGAUGAGCAUUCCGUUUGCAUGGCGCAGCGGCAACGCAACCAGCAGCGCCGGGACCCUCACCAUAUCGCGCUUAGUUGCACGGCUUGGCCACGGCAUGAUGCCGCAAAUCCUGAUGUCCGCAGCCGCUCUUCAACUACUAGGCCAGCAGGGCAUGCGGCAAAUGCCUUCGACGCCGCAUGGGCUGUUGCAGUGGAGCACCAGGUGUGCUAUGCAACUUGGAGUCCCUGCCAUGGACUUGCAAGAUAGCAACGUGUACAUCACGCCAGGCCUGCUGGCAGCUAUUGGGGCUUUUACUUGCCCUGACGUAGCAUGUGCUACUACUCCUGUGGCUACCGGGGCGGCGGCAGAUCAGGAACUGCUGACUCGAGCGUGUAAGCUUUCAACGUACGCUCAACAAGGCGGCACCAGCGGUGGCAAUGAUACCAGCGCGGGGCUGCCGCCGUCCAUCAGCGCUUUGUUAGUAUCAGCGUUCUCCAUCCAAGGAGUGGUAACAUGCGUGCGUCCCGGAGCCAUCAUCGGCACGAUUGUGGGCGGAUCCGCAGCGGCUGCUGCAGCUGCGGCGCCAGCAGCUGUCGCAAGCAGCAGCAGCGCAAUGUCGUGGUCGCUCCUCGUGAAGUCGGGUACUCUUGGAAGUGCCACACGCACUAACGGCUUCAGAGCUGUGACAUUUAGGAACGUCACGUUGGCCCCCAGCAGCAUGCAAGGCCUUGGGUCGAGCAACACCUCAUCAUCGCCACUUCCAUGCGAUGAGGAAGCAUUGCUACAAUAUGCCGAUGGACUGCUAGCGGACAGCCUGCUGCAGUCGCAAUCUUCAGAUGCCAUCAAAAUGGAGUCCGCCACGGCAGUCAUUGCUGCCGUUGCAGCGGUCGCCGGUUCACUUGCGCUGCUGCUGGUGGCGAGUGCGGUGUGGUGUGUCAUUGCGCACCGCCGCCGCUGCCGUGGGAAAGCCGCUGGCGGCGGCGACAUGGCGUCAUUGCCGUCGCCAGCCAACGCCGCCGCUUCCGAGCUGCACUGCUGUAGCCACGCGCAGCACAGCAGCUGCAACAACAAGAACGCGGUCAUCAAUGACGGUGGUAAUAGCAACGAGAACCAAGCCCGUCCCGCUGCAUCGUUCAUGGUUACACAAGGAUCGGGUUUGACGCUUGACACGCGCGGCACUGCCUCUCACCCCACAUGCGACCUUCCCAGCAGCUGGCCUAUGGACAGCAGCAGUGCUUCCGUAGCUGGAGCGUCAACUGCGCCGUCACUGCCGCCACUACCAUCUACAGCGCCGCGUGUGGACCAUGACAAACCUGUCGCCGCCGCCGCCGCCGCCGCCGCCGCCGCCGCCGCCGCCGCCGCCGCGGCGGUGGACAUGUCACGCCUCACGCUGGGACCCGAUAGCUUCAACAGGAUCAGCGAGUCAGCGGACUGGUUGCUGAUCAGCCCUUUUCCUGCUGCCUCCAACAACGCGGCUCUUCAAACGGCUGUUAUUAAUGUGGGGGCCAUGCCGCCGGCGUCGGAAGAUGCGAACGGUUAUUUUGGGCGCAAUGAGCUUGAGACCGCGCUGGAUUUGGUCGCCAGCCGAAUCCGCUCUGUCAAGGCGCAGUGUGAGGCUGCAAUGCCAGCAUCACCUCAUUCGUCUCGCGGGCCUCGCCUCCUUGGCAGGGGUGCCUAUGGCACCGUGUUUCUAGGUACAUAUCGCAAUUUGCCUGUGGCGAUCAAAAUCGUGAACUUCGACCCCAUUAAUGUCAAGGGACGCGAUAAGAUGGCUAAUGAGGUUGCGCUGUCAAUGACGUUAUCGCAUCCGUGCAUCGUUCCCACCUAUGACUACGAGUUCAGCUCAGUCACUGUGGACGCCUCCGGACGCGAGAUUGAGAUGCAUGACGGGGCUUCUCGAAAGGCGCACCGUAUGCCAAUCAGCACGGCGCCGCAGAGCGGCAAUGCCGGGCUGAGGCUCCGAAUCUACAUGCAGUUCUGUGAGGGCGGCUCGCUUGCAGCUGCGCUGCGGGCCGGUUGCUUCUCUGCGCCAGACAGCUGCACUGCCGCCACUUUCGCGGCGUCUUCGCUUGCGUGCGCCGUCCCGAUCAGAAAGGCAUCUGUUGGUGGGCUUGCUUCCAGUGACGCCUGCUCCUGGGUCGCACGGGAGCCCCAGCAGCAGCAACAGCAGCAACAGCACCAGCCGAAUCUUUCACCGCCGCCGCCAUCUCCAGCCCGCUCUGAGGCGGAGGACGGCGGCGGCGUGGACACGCCGGAAAUAAUGCCAGCAGCAGCAGCAGCCAGCUUGACUGGCAGUGAAUGGACCUCGCCCUUCUGUUUGCAGCUGCCGCCCGCCGCUGCCAUGUUGGGUCUCGCACAACAGCAGCAGCAGCAGGCGGCAAACAAAACCGGGCAGCUGUCAGAGCCGCCUCAGCACCCGCCACCGUGGCAGCGUCAAAACACGCCUGACCUAGUCGUAGGUGGCAAUGGCAGCAAGCAGCAGCGCACGCUGGGGAUGGGUGGGGAGGCGGCUGCGGCCGCAGCUGGGGCGGCGGCAGCCGCCGCCGCCGCACCAGAGGUGCCGCUGGCAGCGCCGGCACCAGCGGCCGCCAGACUGGCGAGGACCACGAGUGACAGUGGCGGUAGCAUUGCGGGGCUCGUGGGUGCUGCUGGGGUGCCGCACCAAGUAGUAGCAGUGGCGAGGCAGCCUGAGCUGCUGGGUGUGGCGGCGCCGCCCGACACGGCGGUGGAUGCACUGAUGAUGAGCUCGGCAGCGGUGGCGGCUGGGACAGCCGAGACAGCCGCCGGGGCGGCAGCAGCCGGGGACCAAGGCAACGCCUGGCAGCCCGCGCCGCCGCCGCCGGUCCAGAACCCACCCGCAGUCACGCCCGCUGCCGCGGCGCUUUCCGCUGCUGUUGGGGAGCCGCUGCGGUGCGGCAACCUGACGCUGGCGCUGCUGGCGGCAUGGGACGUGGCGCGCGGUUUGGAGUACCUGCACGCCGCGGGCGUGGUGCAUGGUGACAUAAACGACAACAACGUGCUUCUGAAAGCUGCCACGCCGGUGCUGCGCCAGAAGCUGCUGGGGUGGGCGCCGCCCACAGCAGCAGACGCCGCCGCCGGCACCUCUGCUGGCAGCAGGAGAGGGGCGGCGGGUGCAUGCCACAGGCGCGCUCUGGCGCCUGCAGCGCCACUGUCGAACAGCCCGCUAGCAGCAGAACCGCCGCCGCCGGCUCGCGACUUGCCGCUGCGGCCAGCAGGAUACACUGCUAACGCUUGGGCGGCGGCGGCGGCGGCACCCACGGCCCCCGGCGGGGCCGGCGGCGGCGGCGGGACACAUGGCGGCGGCGGCGGCACUCACACGCAGCCGGCGCCAUCCAGCGUUGACGCCCUGCUGCCGCCGCCGUAUGCGGGUUCGGCGGGCCGCAUGCGCACGCUGCCGCCCACUUUGUCUCGGGCUUACAGCAUGCUGGUCUCGGACGUCAAUCGCACGGCGGCGACCACGGCUGCGGGAAGUGUUGUCUCAGUGGGAGGACGAUCCGUGGGCACUGGAGCGGCGGCCACCAGUGAGGCCGGGUACCAGCGCUUCCUCAUGGUGGCGCAGCUGCUGUUGAGCUCUGCUGGCGGCCUUGAUGCAGGGUGUGUGGAGGCGGGCUCUGCCGCCGCCAGCAGCAGCGGCACGGCAGCGGCAGCGGGGCUCAGCCAACCCCACCAGCAGCAGCAGGGCUCCACUCCCACCCGGCGUUCACCCUUUGCUGUUGCAGGCGGCAGCAGCAGCCGCAGCACGGCAGCGGGCGGCGCCGCUGCACCCGCCGCGUCCGCUGCCUCUGCUUCUGCUGCUGCUGCUAGGCCGGUAGCGGCGGCGGCGGGAUGCCGAAGCCUUGUUGAGAUGGCGACGCUGGAGGCGGCGGCGGCGCUGCUGUGCUUCACCUACAAGAUUGGAGACAUGGGCCUUGCGGUGCAUCUCGACGGCGCAACCCACGUCAGCAACUUGGUGCAAGGGACGCCCUUCUUCUCUGCUCCGGAGGUCAUGUCCUCCGGCCGCGUCUCGCCGGCCGCGGACAUAUACAGCUUCGGAGUGCUGCUGUUCCUGCUCCUGCACGGCGUCAGCAUGGGGCAAAUUCGGAACUUCCUGCCGCGCUACGCGUUCGUGUCAGUGGAGCCGGUGCUGCGCGCUCUGACGUCCACCGAGCUGCCGCCGCCGGCGCAGUCACUCCUCUUCGCGUGCCUCGACCCCGCGCCGGCCUCGCGACCCACGGCCUCGAGCGCGCGGGCGCAGCUUGAGGAAAUCCUGCGGGACACAGCCGGCGACGAGCUGGCCACCCUGCUGCUGGAUUCGGAGCGGCGGGAGGUUGUAAUGUAGUAAAAGCAGCGUUGCGCAGUUAGUUGGCACAGCAGCAGCGCUCGCUGUCUUUCGCCUUGCUUCUGGGCAUUGUGCGGGCGGCAGAUGGAUGCCUGUGUCCGGGCAAUAAUGUUUUGCCCGCGGUGUUUCAGGCAUUGUGUGGGGAAUCCUUGCAAUAAUGUGCUAUUUGGAAAAUGGCAUGAAUGCUGCUGCUGGGAUGGAUGCCGUAGGAUGGUUGCGUCAUGGCGGCGUCAUGGCGCAUGCAUGGGCACGUCAUGGCGCAUAGGCACGUUAUGGCGCAUUGGCACGUCAUGCAUGGCGCGCGCGGAUUGAAUCCAGCAUGCGCCUUGUGACGUGCUGUGCGUGCCAGCCCGUACUUCAUUAUUCGGGUUCGCCGGUCAUCAGUGGCUGUUCGUUCCAGUGGUGGGUGGCCUUCAUUCCAAGCAGGGAGCACUGAUUUGGUGGACGCAAGGUAGUGUGGGUGAUUGUAUAUGGCUAAUCCAGAUGAGUGGCCAGCCCUGUAUGUAGACAGGGAAGUACUGGUAUGCAAUCAACGCAGCCUUUUGCGUGUACAACAGACUCGGCCCCAUGGGGGUGCAUGCGCUAUUGAACGAAAAUGUACGAGAACUGGGCAGCCAUGUAUUUCGCAGCUUGCUUAAACAUGCGUUUGCACGAUUGAUACCAAGGAACGCGGAAUGUGGAGCCGCACAUGAAUGCACGUGAUCGAUGACCGCAUGCUAGAUAUAGGGAUGGGACCUACCGAGGUAAUAAGUGAUGAUAUGAUGUUGCGCUACGUAUCCUACCGGUUCUACUGGGGUAUGUGUAUGGGAAUAAUGCCGUGUACGUAUGGCAAGAUAAGAAAUGCCAUCCCACGUACAGGCCUGUUCGGUCUGUGGUGCCAGCCGCCAAGUACGGCAGCCGUGCGUGGUGCUGCCGUGAGUCAGGACUGCUACGCACUGUCCUAAUUCUAUCAUGUCAUCACGUGUGGUCGUCAUGCGGGGUUUCUUUGUCAAUCUAUCCGUACGUGUUUAGGAUUUGCAAUUGGGCGCGCGCUACAUCGCAUCGAUCACAUUAAUCACAUGUGUCUGGGUGUUUGGUGAUAGUCUGCGUACAGGCUGAGACCGCAUGCUACAACCGCUGCUACGUACAGAGCUUCCCGGUGGCGGCAGAAACAUUGUUACAUGCACAUGAGCUCAUCUAGUGCGUGUAGCUUACUGCCGCCUGCUGCUGUCGAAGUAGAUAGCUAGCUCGUCAUGCAUGCUCGUUGAUAUGAAGUCCUUGGUAGGGACGGCUAGGUAGGUAGGUAGCAGGGUUGUGCUGCUGCUGAAGAUUCCUGGCAUCCCCGACCGAGGUAGGUACGGCAUCCGACGUGUACCGUAUUGUGUUGACCUCAUGAACACUCAUGCCAGGUCAGCCAGGCAGCAGUUGCGGAUGUGUAAAGAGUCAGCUUAUCCUGUUGCUUGCUUGGUCGCCUGCGGGCGGCAUUUUGACAUGCGGCUGCGUGGCAGUGCGUGGUUGACUGGGCGUGCAUUGGGCUGAAUGGCCAUCGGCACCACACCUUGCCAUAGCACGCAGUGCAACUAACAGGGUAAACCUCAGCCUAUGGCAAAUGUAAGCUUGCAAUGCGGUAGGUGCACCCCUGUUGCGGUGCAUGCGUUCGAUUGAUGAUACGUCAGCACUACGGUAUCAAAUGAGUCGGUCUGUCUGGCAAUAAGUUGUAUCCGCACCCGCCGCUGCCGCUGGGCUUGCACACCUGGGGACGCAGAAGGUUAUGAGGUUCUAAGUUUACUUGAGAUGUUCGGAGGCAUGAGUAAAGAGGGGUUGGCCGCCAGCCGCAUUCGGGCCCACCAAUAGUAGUCGUCACGGCUGGGGCGAGAGAAGGGCGUAGCAGGCAGGGGAAAUGUUGUAUAGCGGGCUUCUACUGAGCCGCUACACAUCAAUCACUCUGUCGCGUAAUCUGACAGCUAACUAUCUGACUUUUAUACCGCGCCUGGCGAUAUAACAGGAAACAGAGGAUGGAUGGAGCUGGUGGCGAACAUGCAGGACGCGCGGGGAGUGCGUGUGCACGUAAGCAUCACAAGUAAGCACGUCAGACAGAAUCACAUGUGCCAUGCAUGCAGAGGGCACUUCGAAGUCUGAGUUCUGAGGGCGCAAUGGAACAGCAGGUAGGGUAAGGGGCAGGUUAUAUUCCGUCCCGAUAUUAUACGCUGCGCACUAUGGGACUACGCUAAUAACCUGCAGCGUAUUUCAAGGCAAGGGACCUGGAAAGCGGGGAGGGGGGGCGUGGGGUGCCCAGUAAGGAGAUGAAGGGUGAGCUAGCCAGCUAGGCGCACACGAGCUCUGGCGCUAGCGUGCAAGCAAUGAAGCGGCAGCCAAACACGCACGCCAGUACUAUCUACGCACGCCGGUGUGUGGCGUGUAAGCAAUACGGCUU